UCGUCCCCCCUCACCUCCAAAACUGUUUUGCCACAAAACCUAAAACACAGCGCGACUUACGCCCAUGUCUAGGUGGAAUACCCGACCUCGGGUAAUUUUUUACCCGACCGGGUCGGGUACCCGUUACCCGACACGUCGGGUAGCAUUUCGGGUAGCGGGUAUUGAUACCCGGCCCGGGUCCAUCUGCGAGCCAAGCAAGUCCGUCAAGCGCCCCCCAGCGGCCUCCCUCCUGGCACCCUCCUGUCCCAGCCCACUCUCCCCCUCCCCACUCGUCACGCCUGCACUCGUGCCCUCCUGCCCUGUGCCCACGGCUCGGCGGCGCUGCUCGUCAAGCUUAGCCAAGUACCUGCCGAGACGCUUCCGAACCAGCUUCGCCACCCUCUCCUCGUCCAGCACAGGGACCACUCUGGCCGUGCCUGCAGUGUCAGUGGCCAGCUGCUCGUUCUCUGCCUCCCACCGCGGAAGCCUAAAGUAGUGCUUGUAGCGGGGGUCAAGCAUGGUGGCCACUGCCAGCUCCUUCGCCACCCCGUACUCGUACUUCUUCAGGACCUCGAGUGCCUCCCAUGCCAUGUCUUUAAUCACAGGCGUGGUCUUAUUGCUGUGGUACAUCGUCUCGAGGUUGUCGAUGAGCAGGUUGUACUGAGGGACUACCGCGGCGGCUGUUGGAUACAGCGAUCCCUCAGCCGCUGUGACAAUGACCACAACACAACAAGUGUAGGCCAGCAAGCUCUACGAACUCUCCAAUCCAAGCAGACAAGGGCUUACCGAAGGGCGCUCGACAAGACGGUACGCCAGGUCGGCGUCGGCAAAGAGCUCGACGAGCGCCUGCCGCAGUCGUUGCAAGGACAAACGGGCAGCCAUAAACUUGUGGAGGUUCG